AUGAAGCGGCAGAACGUGCGGACGCUGGCGCUCAUCGUGUGCACCUUCACGUACCUGCUGGUGGGCGCCGCCGUCUUCGACGCUCUGGAGUCGGAGGAGGAGACGGCGGAGCGGCGGCGGCUGGAGGCCAAGAGCCAGGAGCUCAAGAGCAAGUACAACCUGAGCGCCGAGAGCUACCGCGAACUCGAGUGGGUCGUCCUCAAGCUCAAGCCGCACAAGGCCGGCGUCCAGUGGAAAUUCGCCGGCUCCUUCUACUUCGCCAUCACCGUCAUCACCACUAUAGGUUAUGGCCAUGCAGCCCCCAGCACGGAUGGGGGGAAGGUCUUCUGCAUGGUCUAUGCCCUACUGGGGAUCCCCCUCACCCUGGUCAUGUUCCAGAGCUUGGGCGAGAGGAUCAACACCUUUGUCAAGUACCUCCUCCACCGCAUCAAGAAGUGCCUUGGCAUGAGGCGGGUGGAGGUCUCCAUGGCCAACAUGGUCACCAUCGGGUUCUUCUCCUGCAUCAGCACCCUCUGCAUCGGGGCGGCCGCCUUCUCCUACUACGAGCACUGGAGCUUCUUCCAUGCCUACUACUACUGCUUCAUCACCCUCACCACCAUCGGCUUCGGGGACUACGUGGCCCUGCAGAAGGACGAAGCCCUCCAGAACAAGCCGCAGUAUGUGGCCUUCAGCUUCGUCUACAUCCUGACGGGGCUGACGGUCAUCGGGGCUUUCCUCAACCUGGUGGUGCUGCGCUUCAUGACCAUGAACGCCGAGGAUGAGAAGCGGGAUGCGGAGCACCGGGCGCUGCUCACCCGCAAUGGGCAAGCCAGCAGCAUCCACACCACGGACACCUCCUCGGCCGUGCCAGUGGCGUCCGGGGGUGCUGGGAGUGGUGGUGGCGGCUUUCGGAACGUCUAUGCUGAGGUCCUCCACUUCCAAUCCAUGUGCUCAUGCCUGUGGUACAAGAGCCGGGAGAAGCUGCAGUAUUCCAUCCCUAUGAUCAUCCCCAGGGAUCUCUCCACCUCGGACACCUGUGUGGAGCAGAGCCAUUCCUCGCCUGGCCGCUGUCCGGAGACCCCCUCCAAUAGGUGUUUCUGCAAUGCCCGCCGGUCGGCCAUCAGCUCCGUCUCCACCGGGCUCCACAGCCUGGCGGCAUUCCAGGGGCUCAUGAAGCGCCGCAGCUCCGUGUAGCUCCUCUCCAACCCCACCCGUGUCCCCCAGACCUCUCCCUUGGCUCUAUGGCCAAAGAUCUCUCUUGGUCAUGGAAGGAGGAAACCACCCCAGGUCUGGCACUGGGACCCCCAGGGAGCUGUGGCCAUGGUCCUCUGGCUUGGGA